GAAUGUUCAUGGCAAUGGAAGAAAUGAUGAAGAAAGUACUUGAGAUGAAGACUAAUCCGACGACGUCGGAAGCAAGAGGGACUACCGAGACCAUGGCGUAGGAGGGAAUCCGAACCCGCUUAGGGGGAGGAGAAAUCCGGAAGUAGAGAUCCUUGAGGGAGAUGACGACAUGCCGCCUCUAGAGCCACUUUCUAGAGAGGAGAUGAGCAUGGGAAACGAUCGAAGAGGUGCUGAUUUUGGCGGAAGAAGAGAGGAAUUUCAGCGCCGAGGUGCUGAAUUUCAGCGUCGAGGUGCUGAAAUGGAAGGGAGGAGAGGGGAAUAUGACGAAAGUGCAUAUUUUGGCAGAAGAAGAGAGGAAUUUCAGCGUCGAGGUGCUGAAUUUUAGCGUCGAGGUGCUGGUUUUGUAAGGGGAAGAGAGGAAUAUGACGACGAAUUCGAAUACCAUCGCCGUAGGGAUGACCGGGACACUUGCGGAGCACCUCCUCUUCGAGGAAUGGGGGGUUAUGGAGGGUACCGGGGUAAUGGAGGAGAUCCAAGGGUGAGGAAGCUGAAGAUGCCUGUCUUCGAGGGUGAAGACAGCCAUGGUUGAAUCUAUAAGGUGGAGCGAUAUUUUGCUGUCAAUGGGCUGACAGAGGAGGAGAAAUUGACAGCGGCAGGAAUGCGCUUGGAGGGAAAAGCCUUAGCAUGGUAUCAGUGGCGUGACAUGAGGGAGCCCAUUCGCAGUUGGAGAGAGUUCAAGGAUUGUUUAUUGGAGCGUUUCCGAGCCGAUGAUGGAGGAGACAUCUAUGAGCAAUUCUUUGCUCUGACUCAGGAGGGGACCGUGGCAGACUUCAGGGACAAGUUUGAGUAUCUGGCUAGCAGGCUGGAUCAUAUCUCGGAGUCAGCCCUGGAAGGGAAUUUCAUGAAAGGGCUGAAACCAGAGAUAAGAACAACAGUUAGAGUGUUAGAGCCAAGGAAUCUAGGCAAGGCCAUGGAGUUGGCCCAGUUGGUGGAGGACCAAAAAAAGUUUGAAAGAGGGACUCGGGGAAACUAUUCAGGGGGGUUGUACAGGACGACGACCACAUUCUUACCAGCAAAAGGGGCAGGCCCUGGGAGCAUGAAGGAAGCACCCAAGGAGAAGAUGGGAGGAGGCGGUAACGGCGGGCAGUUCAAAAAGCUGAUCGAGAACGAGCUGCAGGAAAAAAGGGCAAAAGGGGUGUGCUUCCGGUGUGAUGAGAAGUACAUGGCGGGGCAUAGAUGCAAGGACCGAUCUCUUCAGGUUCUCCUCGUCUGUGAAGACGAGGAAGACGAAGAGGGAGGUGGGAAUGACCCCGAGGUGGAGGAGGAGAAGUUGCAUCUGGACGUAGCAGAAGUCUCUUUGAACUCAGUAGUGGGAUUCACUUCGAGUCACACUAUGAAGGUGAAAGGAGAGAUCUCUGACUGUGAGGUGGUGGUGUUGAUAGAUAGUGGAGCAACACACAAUUUCAUUUCCACCCAGAUUGUUGAUGCAUUGGGGAUGGAGCUAGUGGAUACCAGAGGUUACGGGGUAAUGAUGGGCACCGGGAAGGUAGAGAUGGGACGAGGAGUCUGUCGAGGAGUAGUACUGAAGAUUCAAGGAAUCUAUGUAAAGGAAGACUUCCUUCUCUUAGAAUUGGGGAGUACGGAUGUCAUCCUUGGGAUGAAAUGGCUGCAGACAUUGGGAGAGACCAAAAUCAAUUUGGGUACACUGAGGAUGGAGUUGGUAGUUGGGGGCAGAAAGAGGACGAUUCAGGGUGAUUACGGACUAACCAAGGCGGGGGUUUCUCUCAAAUCCCUCAUCAGAACCAUUCAGGAAGAGGGGGAAGGCUACUUAGUAGAGUUGCACCGCCUGAAAGGGGUCAGAUUGGAGGAGGAAGGAAAUGUUCCCGCUAUAGUACAGUCGCUCAUACACCAGUUCAGCGAGGUUUUUCAACCGCCCCAGGGUUUACCUCCUCAGAGAGAGUUGGAGCAUGCCAUUACUUUGAAAGAAGGUGAGACUCCGAUCAGUGUCCGUCCUUAUCACUACCCACAGAUUCAAAAAAAUGAGAUUGAAAAGCUGAUCCGGGAAAUGUUGGAGACGGAGAUUAUCUGACCCAGCAACAACCCUUUUUCUAGUCCAGUCCUCCUGGUCAAGAAGAAGGAUGAGAGUUGGAGAUUUUGUGUGGAUUACAGGGCUCUGAAUAAAUGCACUAUACCAGACAAGUUUCCAAUUCCGGUGAUUGAUGAGCUGCUGGACGAGCUACAUGGUGCAGUGAUGUUUUCGAAGCUGGAUUUGAAAUCCGGAUACCACCAGAUCAGAAUGAUGGAGGCAGAUGUUCCAAAGACGACGUUCAGGACACAUGAAGGGCAUUAUGAAUUUCUGGUAAUGCCCUUUGUAUUGAUUAAUGCUCUUGCAACCUUUCAAUCCUUGAUGAAUCGGGUAUUCAAGCAGCACCUCAGGAUGUUUGUCCUGGUCUUUUUUGAUGACAUCCUGGUGUACAGCAGGACUAUGGAAGAGCACUUGGAACAUCUGAGGGUGGUAUUGGAAGUGCUUUAGGAGCACCAGUUGAAAGCCAACCUGAAGAAGUGCAGCUUUGCUCAGGCAAGUGUGAAAUACUUGGGACAUGUGGUGUCACAAGGAGUGG